GAAUGAGUUCCCAAAAUGGCAUCAGUCUCAUCUUCCUCUCAAUCCAAUCUAAUCAUGAAGGUCUUCAUUGUUUUGUGCGCCACAGUUGCGCUUGUUAGCGCCGGAUACUCUGGCGGCGGUGGUGGCAAUGGGGGUGGUUACAGCGGGGGUGGUGGUGGUGGUGGAUUCACUUCCGGUGGUGGUGGUGGCGGAUUUGGGGGUGGUUCAGGGGGAGGUGGAUUCGGGUCUGGAGGUGGAGGUGGUGGGGGUGGUGGUGGUGAAGGAGGACAAACUUACCGACAUGUCUACGUCCACUCUGCCCCUGAUGAGGCUGCUGAUUCUCAAUCCCGAACCAUCCGAGUUCCCGGGGGGGCUGAUAAGCACGUCAACAUCAUCUUCGUCAAGACCCCAUCUUCCUCCUCUUCCCAACAAACCGAAGUCAUCCUCCCAGAACAAGACGAGCACAAGAACUUGGUCUACGUCCUCCUCAAGAAGGGUGGUUCUUCCUCCGACGUCAAGAUCCGUCGCCCAGCUGCUGCCGCCCCACAAAAGCCAGAGGUUUACUUCAUCCGAUAUGGUGCUGGAGGUGCUGGAGGAGCUGGAGGAUCAAGCGGGGGUGGGUCCGGAAAUGGUGGAGGUUCCGGUGGAUUCGGAGGUGGUUCAUCCGGUGGAAGCGGCAUUUCUACCGCUUAUGGACAAUAAUUACCAUCCUUCGAUUUCAUUUAAGCUUCUGCUGCUGCUGUUGCAUUUGUACCACCUUUUAUGGAAUGAGUGUAAAAUAUUUAUCUUGUGAUUGCUGCGUACUCUUUCUUCUUCUCUCAUGUCUUCUAGUCCAUUUCAAUUACAAAUUGUAAAAAACUUGAAAAGUCAAAUAAAGAUUUUAAAAAUA